AAGUAGUUCAAGUCUCGAUCGGCAAGCAUGCAAACAAACAGCUGACAGUAUUUGUUUUUGUUAAUCUCGUUCUGAACAAAAAUUUCGAUGUGAGAUGGAGCAAAUAAAUGAAGACAUAUGGAUAAAUAUACUAAAGUACCUGCCCAUGUGUGAUCAGCUUUCGCUGGCCCAAGUCAACCAGAAUAUAUCGUCCUACGUGAAGUAUCAAUGGGGUCACCUCAAAACAGUGACCCUGGCCCGUGAGGAUCUGGAAUUUCUGGACCGGAAUAGGAAACUGAUGCGGGAAUGCCUGGGUGGCUGGUCGGCAACAGUGGAGCAUCUGAGUCUGCCAAGUGCCAGCAGUGAUUUGCUUAGGAAGUGGACCGAAUACAGCUUCCCACACCUUCGAUCGCUGCACUGCUACAUGGACUACAACCUCGAGGAGGCGGACGAGGAAACCCUUCUGCUUACCAAGUUGUUUCCGCUCCUGACCAAGCUGUCACUCUAUAGCAGCACCACAGGUCGUCAUUUGUGGCACUGGAGGCAACUGAAGGAGUUGAGUCUACACUGGUGUGAGUAUCUGGACCCGGAUAAUUUCGCGGAGAUCUUUGGCAGCCUAAAGCUGACCAAGCUGUCUUUGCUUUACUACGGAUACAACGUGAACUUGGGCGAAAAGGUUGUAGAUAUAACCCGGUGUAGCACGCUUGAAGAGCUCCACAUCGACGACCACCAUUUGUUGGGCGAUUUCCUGCCACGACUGAUGAAUCUGCCGCACUUUCGCCGUUUGGCCUUUUACACGCGGGACUACUAUGAGUUUUUGCUAGGUUCGGUGGCCAGGCACAAGCCGCUGAAGGUUCAAUCGCUUCUCUUCAACGACUCCUUCUGGAGCAGUGAGCGGGUGGCGGAAAGUAUGCUGCAUAUGACCAAUCUCCGUCGGCUGGUCCUGCAGGAAGAUGACAUCGACUCGCAGCAGCUGCACAACAUCUGCCACAAAUUGCCAAAUUUAGAAGAGCUGCACCUUUUGGCGAUGCGAGAAGUUCCCUCUCCCAGCCAUCUAUGGAACUCUAUAGGUCACUGCCACUACCUGAGGAUCCUAAACCUAUCCUCUACCAAGCUGAGCAGCCAGUGGGUGGAUCUCAGAAACUCCUGCCUGUCAAAAGUUCUGCUUAGUCGCAGGAUUCCGCUGACCCUGCAUCUCCACAACACUGGAUUGGAUGCCAGUAAAGUUCUGCGGGAUUUCGAUUGUGCUUCUCUAAAAAUCUCCUUUGAGCCCAUACAUUUGAAUAUUUGGAGUUCCCGAUUUGUGGAAAUCGAAUUCAGUCCAGACUCGUAGUAGUCAUUUAAAAACCUAAAAUGGCAUUUGUUUCUACCUCAAUCGACAAAUAGGCGUAGAUGGCUAUCAAUCCAACUGAUGAUGGAGAUCCAGAUUAUACAUUCUCACUAAAGUAUAAUUUCCUUUGCAAGGGAAUAGAGUCAAAUAGAUCGUAUCAAAAUCAAGUAAACAAUAUGUGUUUUAAACAUUAAUUUAAAAGCUCCAUAGGUAUCACCAAAUUU